GGAAGAGCUGCAGCGGCGCCGCCAUCGCAGUCGCCCUGCAGCUGGACGGAACCACCGGGAUCAGAGCUGAUCAAAAGGUGAAGAAAAUCCUUCUGCUUAAGAUGUUCUCUCCGCUCUGGGUUCUGCUGCUGCUCUGCCUUCCUGCAGCACAAACUGCAAAGUGUCCACAGAGGUGCGUCUGCGACCAGAUCCAGCUCACGGUGGCCUGCGUCAACAAGAACCUGACCCGCGUUCCCCCCACCCUGGAUGAGAUCACCGUCAAACUGUAUCUUGGAGGAAAUGACCUGCAGGAUCUGCCCAGUGGGGCUUUCAAACACACCCCCUACCUGACUCACCUGACACUGCAGCGCUCCGGCAUCCAGAGGGUGAGGGAGGGGGCUUUCCGUGGCCUCGGUCGCCUGGUGUUUCUCAAUCUGGCUCACAACAACAUUGAGAUCCUCUACCAGGAGUCGUUCGAUGGUCUGUCCUCACUCAAGAGGCUCCUGGUGGACCACAACCGUUUGGAGGAGAUCCAGCCUGGAGCGUUCUCCCAGCUGGGCUUCCUGAACCUUCUCUCCCUCACACACAACCAGCUGAGCUACAUCCCCAACAUGGCCUUCCAGGGUCUGCAGAACAUCAAGUGGCUCCGUCUCAGCCACAACUCUCUAAACAACGUGGAACACGACGCCUUCGCUGGUCUGUUCACGCUCACCAGACUCAGUCUGGACCACAACGAGCUGCAGUUUUUCCCCACAGAAACCAUGACGAGACUGUCAGAGGUGACCCGUCUGGACCUGAGCUUCAACCCCAUGACGUACCUGGGAGAGGAGGCGGUGUCCAUGUCCAAGCUGACCCACCUCUUCCUGGACCACAUGUCCCUGCAGGACCUGGUGAACACCGCUGUGUCCAAAUCCCCCAACCUCCUCCACCUAGACAUCAGCCAUAACCAGCUGCGCCUCAUCCAGCCUUUCUCGGAAGGCUCGCCUAAACUGGCACGCCUCAACCUGGACGGGAACCCCGUCUCCUGCAACUGCUACCUGCGUCCGCUCAGAGAGUGGGCGAUUCGCCGGAAGGUGAAGCUGAUGGGGUCGUGUGGAGGUCCGGCCCACCUCUCAGGAGAGAGUCUAGAGGCCGUUUAUCCCGCCCAGCUGCGCUGCCAGAGCCAGGAGGCCAUGCUGAAGGCGGAGUUUGAGGAAGCGAGCAGGAUCUCGCCACGGCCCACUGAGGCGCCAGAGAACGAGAUCAAAUGUCCCGCCAACUGUGUCUGUGAGGACACGCAUCACUCAUCAUGUGAGAACCGUGGUCACGCCAAAGUCCCUCGCGGGUUCUCUUCAACCACGCGUCUUCUUGACCUGCGUGGAAACCACUUCCAUUACAUCCCCGCCAACAGCUUCCCGGCUCUCGGCCAGGUCGUGUCUUUGCACCUUCAGCGCUGCAAGAUCGUGGAGGUGGAGGGAGGGGCCUUUAACGGCAUGAAGGGGCUGAUCUACCUGUACCUGUCCCAGAACGAGCUCGCCUCUCUCAGCUCUGACGCCUUUAAAGGUCUUCCUCAGCUCACAUACCUCCACCUGGACAGGAACCGCUUCACCCACUUUCCCAGAGGAGCCUUCAAACUGGUCCCCAGCCUGCAGGCUCUUCACCUGGAGAACAACACCAUCACCAAGCUUGAGCCGGGCGCCAUGGCGGGGGCCGAGUCCCUCAGAGCCCUUUACCUGACCGGGAAUGCCAUCGAGCGUGUGGCGCCCGGGGCUCUGGACGAAGCCCGGGAUCUGGACACGCUCCACCUGGGGGGGAACGGGCUGAAGGAGGUCCCUGCUGAAGCCCUGAGCAGAGCUGGGAGCAUCAGGGACCUCCGCCUGUCGGGAAACCCCAUUCGAUGGGUGGGGCCAGGCACCUUCAAGGCGCUGGAGAACUCGCUGAAGGAGCUGUAUCUGGAUCACAUGGGCCUGGAGAGGAUGUCCCAGGACUCCCUGGCAGGAGUGGGACCUGGGUUAAGAAGUCUGUUUUUGGAGGGGAACCAGCUGGAGGAGGUGCCGGACCUCCGUCCGCUCAGAUCUCUGGAGGUCAUCAACCUGGCUGACAAUCCCCUGAUGUGCGACUGCCCCCUCCUGCCGCUCCGCUUGUGGAUCGAGAAGGUCAACCUGAAAGUGCGAGCCACCUGCAGCAAUCCUCCCGAACUGAGGGGUCAAAGGGUGCAGGACGUCCCCGUCUUCAAGGCCUGUCCUGGAGGAGAGACGCUCCCCGACCCCCCCAAAAAGGAAGAGUCCACAAUGCCGGGACACAGAACCAAAACCAAGAAACACAAGAGUCCGAGCAGAAAACCGGGAGCCACAAAGAAAGAUCCGACAACCUUAAAGAGACGCAGCGCAGCUUAAACCACCGAAGUUCUCCUUUCAUCUGAAAAUAAUGAUCAGUUAUUUUAUCCAAAGCUUUUUAAUCAGUUUAUUCUUUUAAUGAUGUCACCUAAAGGCUUUGAAAGCAGACGCUUCUGCAGAGCAAAUCAGAAACUAGGACAUAGUUUCUGCAGAGCAACAGGAGUUCAUUAGAAAAUCCCCCCUCCCUCCAUGUUGCUGAGAGCUCUCUGUUUACAUGCUCUCUUACAGCGGAGCAACAAAAAUGGCAGAAAUAUCGGUGCCAUCCAGUCGUCCAGUUCUGAUCCAGAUUCCAGUUCAGACCAGGAAAACAGAGGCGCUCAUGGAUCUGUUGGUCUGCAGGUGGAUGAUCAGAAAGGGGCGGAGCAGGGAGCUCGUGGCCCCGCCCAGCACUUUUUCUAAUCUUUUUCGUCAAUUUGAAUAAAGAAAUACUAAAGAGAUUUUAAGCUUGGUUUUCUUCAAAUUUGUCCUCCAUCAGAAAAAUGCUACGAGAAGAUAUUAAAAACACAGAAAUGUAGGAAACAUUAAACUAUGACGGACAUAUGAAGGCGACGGUCUCUGUGGGUCGAACCUUCUGUGAACAUCCGCUCAACACGCCGCAUUUUUGGAAAUAAAUCUAGAUAAAUGGC